AUGGUUUCACUGAUAAAGAAUACUGAUACGUUAAGGUUAAAGGAGCGUAUUCUGGGCAGGCGAGCAACAGAAACUCUUCUGUUUAUCUCUGGUCUCUCGCUCUUUACUCUCCAACAAUUUGCUUUCAGAAUAUUGUUUAUUUACAGAUUUUUGUAUCUUCUUUGUUUUUGUUUUUUUUUUAAAUCCACUUUCGAAGAUCUUGUUUUGGAGAUGAAGCCAGGGAGUUUGCUCCCGGUGAAAUAUACAGAGCAAAAAACUGUAACUAGCAAACUGGUGAAGCCGUCGAGCAAGUGGUUUCCGACGGAAUCCAAAGCUAAAGCCCCUAAAAUUGUGAGGAUUUGUGUCACUGAUGGGGAUGCCACGGAUUCUUCUAGCGACGAAUGUGAAGGGGCGAGGCAUCAGAGGGUGAAAAGGCAUGUAAACGAAAUCAGGAUCGAGGAUUGUUCCGCUGUCAAUUCCUCCAGGCCAGUGAACAAACAAAACAGGCAAAUAUUUAGUAAAAGCAUUCAGGUAAAUAUGAGAUCAAAGAAGCAGCAGCAGUGUUUAUCCAACGGUGUCAAGUAUCGUGGUGUUCGACAAAGGCCGUGGGGGAGAUGGGCUGCCGAGAUCAGAGACCCUACGACUCGAACCAGGGUCUGGCUCGGUACUUAUGACACUGCUGAGGAAGCUGCUUUGGAGUAUGACCGAGCCGCGGUUCGAAUCAAAGGCCCUGAUGCUCCCACAAACUUUCCGAGACAUUCUCCAACGGAGAUUGAUCUCGAAAUGAUUUCCGGGUAUGACUCGGCUCAAGACUCCCAGUCUCUUUGCUCACCUACAUCAGUUCUCAGAUUCCACUCCAACGAAGAAGCUCAACUCCGAAAGGAUUCCAAAGAUGACUCCUCGGAGCGCAUCGAAAUCCAGUGGAAACCCCUUGACGAACUCCAAAUAGGACAAAAUAACUUAUCAGAUGAGUAUUUGUUAGCAGAUCCGGGUGUUUUAUGUGAUCACUUCAAUGCUGAUAAUCUCCAACCUAUAUUGUUUGAUGAAACAAGGUUACCAGAAGACCAUUUGGAACUCGAUUUUACUGAUAUUUCUCUAAAAUUAGACGUCAAUUUCGAGUCUUGUACGUGGGAUGUCGACAAUUACUAUUAAAAUCACUGUAAUUCCUCCUGGACACAACGCGAACUCCUGCAAUGAUCUACAUGGUAAAUUCCGAGUGGAAUUUUGGAUACAUAUUUCCAGUUUUCUUUUAGUGGGCGUGUUUCUCUAGUACAGUGUGUAAAGAAACGCUAAGAAAACAUGUAAAUUCUUGGUU